CUCGUGCCUUCUUCACCGCCGACCAGACAUUUUCGCACAAUGUCACGACAAGCCAUCCACGAGGCGGCGAGCCAGAAGCCUGGCGUCUCGCAGGCCGAGGAUGAGUUUGAGUUCAUCCACACUCCCAAGGCGCCAUCUCCCGAGCCAGAAUCGCAGGAUUACGGCGUCAGGACCACUUCGUAUCCAGCGAUUAUGAACGCUCCUCUGCCCGCAGACGGUCCUGGCAGCGAGACCUUCAACAAUGCCUUCCUCUUCACCCUCCUCGCUGGCAUCCCCGCCUAUUUCGCCUACAAGGUCGGUGGUGGCCUCUUCACCUGGAUCUUCUUUGCCAUCUUGACCGCCAUCCCUAUCCUCAUGGCGUUCUGGACAAUCGCCUCGUCCAUGUCUCCGCGUCUUAAUGAGAAAGCCAAGUACCCAGGCCGUCCUGUCGAGCACUACCUAAAUUUCAAGAGCGAGGAAGACAAGAGAAAGUAUCGCGGCAAGAACAAGAUCCCAAUGGAGACAUUCCACGAGAUGUACUUUGACGAAAAGGUGGACUUCAAUGGUGACUGCCUCGAGAUUAUGGAAUACAGACACGACUGGGCCAACUUCCGUUUCACUCUGAGCCUCUUCUGGUUCUUCCUGACUGGAAUGAUGCCUGAGGUCAUUAUGCACACCCGUUCUCAAGACGAGGAGCAGGUCAGAGAUCACUACGAUCGUGGUGAUGAUUUCUAUGGCUGGUUCUUGGGUCCUCGCAUGAUUUACACUUCUGGUAUUAUCUCUGACAUCAACAAGGAGGAGAGCCUUGAGCAACUCCAGGACAACAAGCUUGGCAUCGUCUGUGAGAAGAUCGGCCUCAAGGAAGGCGAGACUAUGCUUGAUAUCGGCUGUGGAUGGGGCACUCUCGCCAAGUUCGCUUCAGCAAACUACGGUGCCUCCGUCACUGGUGUCACUCUUGGUCGCAACCAGACUGCCUGGGGUAACAAUGGUCUACGAAAGGUCGGAAUUCCAGAGGAGCAAAGUCGCAUCCUCUGCAUGGACUACCGCGACAUUCCUGUUCCUGAAGGUGGCUACAAGAAAAUUACCUGUCUUGAAAUGGCCGAGCACGUCGGUGUUCGCUACUUCGGUACUUUCCUCUCGCAAGUCAACAACAUGCUGGACGACGAUGGAGUUUUCUUCCUGCAAAUCGCUGGUCUCCGCAAGCCUUGGCAAUACGAGGAUCUGAUCUGGGGUUUGUUCAUGAACAAGUACAUCUUCCCUGGCGCCGACGCUUCCACUCCACUCGGUUUCUUCAUCGACAAGCUCGAGGGUGCCGGUUUUGAAGUCAAGGGUCUGGACACCGUUGGCGUGCACUACUCUGCUACACUCUGGAGAUGGUACAGAAACUGGAUCGGCAACAGGGAUAAGGUCAUUGGCAAGUACGGCGUGCGAUGGUACAGGAUCUGGGAGUACUUCCUCGCAUACAGCACGAUUAUCUCUCGACAAGGCUCUGCGACAUGUUACCAAAUCACUCUCGUCAAGAAUAUCAACUCGACGCAUCGUGUUGAAGGUAUUCCAAAUGCUUUCGGACUGCAUGGUGCUCUGAACGCAAGCAAGGAGAAGGGCAAGGCUCUUUUCCCAGCCAACAAGCAGUAAAGGCCAUUCACAUGGCGAUCGAAGACCCAAGGACGAUUGCGUCACGAUUGCGAAGUUGAGCGCAACACUGCGCAGACAAUUCUGCGCGAAAAUGGAAGUGCACAAAGCGACAGAUAGAGCAAGUGCGGCAGCUGCACACGGAUGAAGAAGUGAUGUGCAUAUUCAUGCUGCAAUGAACCCAACAUCUUUAAUCAUUCCUUUGCUUAUCAAACUUCUCUUGCGAGGUUAUACUACUGACGUCUUAGAGCCCGGCACUGCUCAGAUGAUUGAAAGGAGUCUUGCUAACGACCACAAUUC